CCGCGCGUUUAAAGCGCCACUUGCAACACGCGGAUAUGUUUGGAAUCACUUUGCGUCAUGAAAGCUACACAGCAGUGUGCGUGUCUUGUUUGUAUUCGUGGUAUUAUUUAUUUUCUAGUUUAGUGAACAACAUAGUGAGUGAACACACUAAUAAUAAUUAUGAAAAUUUAAAAAGGUGCAACUGUAUAAUACACACUUGUUUACAUUGACUGGUGCAUACAAAGCAGUAGGUACCUAUAUCAAAUAACAUAAUGAAGCCAGCUUCAGUAGAUAAAUCUUCAAAAAAGAAUGGUUAUCAAUCUGAUGAUGAUAAUGUGCGGUAUAAAUUGAACAAAGAGUUCUUUAACAAUGCCAACAAAUCACCAGCAAAAAUAAAAAAAGAGAAAUUAAAUGAUGAUGAUAACAAUAUACGCUACAAGUUUGCUAGCGUAGUAAAAACAAAAAUUAACAAUAAAACCAAACCAAAAUCUAAGCUGAAAGUUAACUUUUGGAGUAAUAAGCAGUCAAGCAGACUCAGUUCAGAAGCAAAGAACCCAAAAAGUAACAGAAGACAUACUGUUGGAGUUGUAGGUGAUAGUGUACUUGUUGGCAAGUCAAAACAAUCAGGAAUUAAAGUCCGGAAGCGUGUGUCAUUUCUGCCAUCACCUUUAUUUUCGGAUAACCAUGUGCCCAUGGUAACUGUGCCUGAUGAUUUAACUAUACAAUUAAACGAAGAAGAGGCCAAUGAUUUACGUGAGGAUUUAAAUUCAGCAUUGGAAAGUAAUGGUGCAGGUAUUAGCAAUAACGUCAACAAUUCACCAAAAAGAAAAUCCAAAGCUUCAAAUCUGACAAGUCCAAGAGGCAUUAAGCGUAAACAAAGUUUAGAAAAUUCCGAACCCAGAGUUCAAAUAAAUGAAAAUGAGCUUGAAUUUUUCACAAAAUAUGUUGUUCAGAAAUUAAGAAGAAUGGAAACCAAUCAACGUAUUUACUCUGAAAAUUUAAUUAACACAGUCCUCAUGUUAGGACAACUUGGUAAAUUGAAUGGCAAAUCUAAGAUAGCAGAAGCAUAAUAAUAAUAAUAUUUAUUAGUAAAAUGAUGCAUAAUAUUGGAGUACAUUAUGUUUGUAAAUAAUGUUAAAAUAUAUUUAUACACUUCUUGACCAACUUAACUUUUCAACUAUUUUGUGACAUUUUUACUACUUACAUCCUAAUAAAAAGGUGAAACAGUAUACAUUAAUCAAAACUUGAAUCAUGGAAAGUUGAUAAUAUUACUUGUACAUUUGAUAUUUUGUUACCAUGUAAAGUAAGCAAUUUCUUUCAGUUACAUAAGGUAAAUUAAUCCAAAUAAAUCUUUUAUCUAGUUAUUAUAACAGGUCUGUCAAUUUAUAUUGUUCUUCAUAUUUUUCUUUCUGUAUGAUGAAUUUAAUAUUUUUAAUAUUUUCUGAAAGGAAUGUAAGGAUGUGAAGAUUGCUUAAUAUUCUUAUAUUUUCAUCAAUGCUUGUUUCAACACCAUUAUUAUAGUUUUAAUGUUAAGUUUAUUUAUAGUAAAAUAUACAAAACAGAGUUUAUAUUAUUAUUAUGAAUAAUAAACAUAAUUGAUGUUUGUCUUUGCUAUAUUCAUUGAUAAAUUUGUUAGCUCACUUCCAUUACACUUUAAAGUGUCCUUACACAAUUUAUGUUAUUCAAAAUUACAAACCAAUUACAAAUCAUAAGGUUUUGUAAAAGUCAGUUUUACAAACACUGCAAGACUGCAAUUAAAAUAAUACUUCAAUUUCUUCAUAUUUGUACAAUGACUGUUCCCCAAAACAAUAUAAUAUGCCCAUAGGAUGAUAUUGAAUGACAUUAAAUUUUAAAUUUUCAUAACAUUAAGAGUUGAGUAAGUCUCAAGCGACAUUGAAUUUAAUGCAACUUUACUUAUUCUAUUACUAUGUUUCAAAGCUAGUGGAAAGUUUUAAAUGUUUUCUAGUAUAAGUAUAUUGUUGCUUUAAACUCUGAAUGAUCAUUCGUAGCAAAUAUUAAAAACAAAAUAUUUGGUAACUAAAAACACAUAGUAUAAGUUAUUUUUGUAAUUAUACUUUUGAACAAUGUUACAUAAUACUGACAUCUGUUGUUAUGGAAUUCAAUAUAUGAUUAUUAUGUAUAAUAUUAUAUGUAAUUAUAAUUCGUUGUUUGUAUCUGGGAAACUACAAGACAUUAAGCCGUUAGAAAUAAAUAUAUUUAAUAAUAAAAUAACAAAUGGUUUAAUACUGAAAUAAAAAUUAACAAGAAAUUUAAAAUCAUGUACAAACAAAUUGUAUUUCAAGAUUUAUAACAAAGUAAAUAUUAUUUAUUUUGAUCAAUUACAAGUUUAUAUUAAAUGCAACAGCUUAUUUUGAGUCAGGUGAGGCAAAACGAAUUAUGCAUUGGUAUUAUUAAAAGAAGUUUUUGCUGCUGUUAUUUAUCUUUAAUAUUUGACACAAUAAUAUAUUUGUGCGAUUUUUUUAUAAAGGCAUGUUGGCCUCACUAAUAAAAUUGUACUAAAA